AUGGCGGCGGCGAGCACUGGACCGUACCGGCGGGAGCGGAGCCUGGCUCUGCGGAACAGCAGCUCGGCCCUGUACAACAACCUGGCCGUGCUGUGCCCUCCCGCCCGGCCCCCGGCCUUCGGAGCCGUGCACGGCACCAUCCUCAGCCUGCUGGGCAGCGAGGGGCCCCCCCGGCAGCUGCAGGCUCGGGGAGGGGGCUCGGCCCUCAGCACCCCCCUACUUACACAGGCCGCGUGGUGCGUGCUCCCGGCGCGGGUGCUGCUGGUGCUCACAUCCCAGCGUGGGGUCCAGAUGUACGACUCUGAUGGCUCCACCAUGGUGUUCUGGCAUGCGCUGGACGUCCCGGAGCACUCGGCAGCCCAUUCCAUGUUCGCCCGAGGCAUUGCCGCAGCCGGUGGCCACUUUGUCUGCGUGGGGACAUCCUCUGGGGCCGUGCUGGUGUUUGACAUCCCCCCAAAAGGGACCAACGUGACGCUGAACGAGGUCCUGGAGCAGCACCGGGAUCCCAUCACCGACAUUGCGGCCGAGCAGGGCCAGGCCCCGGAUGGGGCUGGGGACCUGGUGACAGCCGAUGACUCCGGGACCCUCUGCCUCUGGAGCACCGGGGAGGAGUUCACCCUGCUCGGGCAGAUCCCGGGAUCUGGCUCCACCUGCUCCUCGGUGACGCUGUGGAACGGGAUCGUGGCCGCGGGCUACGGGAACGGGCAGAUCCGGCUGUGGGAAGCGGGAUCGGGGCGGAUCUGUGCCCAGGUGAACGCCCACGCCCGCUGGAUCUACGCCCUCGACCUGGCACCGCUCACGGGCAAGCUGCUGUCAGGUGCAGAGGAUUCCUUUGUCCACGUCUGGAAGCUCAGCAGGAACCCGGACACUGAUGACAUCGAGAUCCAGCACUGCCACGCCGAGUGCGUGACGGACACGCAGGUUUGUGGCGCCCGGUUCUGUGACCCGGCCGGGGACACCUUCGCUGUCACCGGCUACGACCUGAGCGAGAUCCUCUGCUACGGCCCAGCCUGAGCUGGGAAUGCCGGGAAUAUCGGGAAUGCCGGGAAUAUCGGGAACACCAGGACGCUCCAACAGCGUGGCCGUGGGUGAGGGGUGAGCACAGACCCCGCUCCAGCUCCGUGGGGAUGUGUUCGGCCAGGAUCCCCCCCCUGCCCGAAGCCCUCCUGAGAUCUGGGAGCUGCUCCGGCUCCACCACCCCGAGGGGAUCCCCGGGAUCCUCCCAUGGCUUCGGGAUCCUCCCAUGGUCUCUCGCCCUUCCCGGAGGGUGGCGUGGCUGGGAACAGACCCGGCUCAGACGGGAGGAUCCCGGGAAACCUGUGUUACCUGCUG